CUCACGUUUCCGUGGUCACCGUGAGAUUGGUUCGCCGUCGGUUUCCUGCAGCAGUAAGAAAAGCAGCGUCGAGACAAACUGGGAAGACUCAACACCACCACCUCCAAUAACUAUACUGUACAAUGAAACUAAUAGCAAUAUCUCCCUCUCUGGAUAUUCGCUUCGUCACGGUUUUACUGCUGGUGAUGGGCCUCUCUACUCCUGGACAAGCAGAAAUCACCAGUCUGGAUUCAGCCAACAUUGAUGAUGUCCUAAAUAAUGCUGGGGUGGCAUUAGUCAAUUUUUACGCUGACUGGUGCAGGUUCAGUCAGAUGCUCCAUCCAAUUUUUGAGGAGUCAUCUAACAUAGCGAGAGAGGAGUUCCCUGAAACCAAGCAGGUGGUGUUUGCCCGUGUUGACUGUGACCAACAUUCGGACAUAGCCCAGCGGUACCGCAUCACCAAGUAUCCGACAUUGAAGUUGUUCCGUAAUGGGAUGAUGAUGAAGAGGGAGUACAGGGGUCAGAGGUCAGUGGCGGCCAUCGCUGACUUCAUCCGCCAGCAGCAGGUCGACCCUGUGAAAGAGAUACACUCAAUGGAGGAGGUUAAUACUCUGGAUAGGAGCAAGAGAAACAUCAUAGCUUACUUUGAAAUUAGGGACUCCGAUAACUACCACACAUUUGAAAAAGUUGCCAACAUCCUUCGAGAUGACUGCACGUUCACGGCUGCCUUUGGAGCCGUAUCUGAGACUGAGCGCUUCAGUGGAGACAAUAUCAUCUACAAGCCUGUAGGGGAGGGCAUCCCUGACAUGGUCUACCUCGGCUCACUCACCAACUUCGACCUGACCUACGCAUGGGCCCAGGACAAGUGUGUGCCUCUGGUCAGGGAGAUCACCUUUGAAAAUGGAGAGGAGCUGACUGAAGAAGGAAUUCCUUUCCUUAUCUUGUUCCAUGUCAAAGAAGACACAGCAAGCUUGGAGAAGUUCCAGCAUGAAGUGGCUCGCCAGCUCAUCAGCGAGAAAGGGUCUAUAAACUUCCUGCACGCGGACUGCGAGAAGUUUCGCCAUCCUCUGCUCCAUAUCCAGAAAACUCCUGCUGACUGUCCCGUCAUCGCUAUAGACUCAUUCAGACACAUGUAUGUCUUUCCUGACUUUCAAGACCUCAAUAUUCCUGGCAAACUGAGACAGUUUGUGUUGGACCUCCACUCUGGAAAGCUACACCGAGAGUUUCACCAUGGCCCUGACCCCACGGACAGCACGCCCGGACAGGAGGAGAUUGAAAGAGACGUGGCCAGCAGCCCCCCAGACAGCUCGUUCCAGAAGCUGGCACCCAGCGAGACUCGCUACACCAUCCUCACACGAGACCGUGAUGAGCUGUGACCUCAACAGCCUUCCAGUGAUCCUGUGACUCAAUGCCACGCCCCAGAGUCAGGGAGGGGGUUUGGGUUGGGACAGGCCAGCGGGACAAAACAGCAACACCCAACACCCUUACUGAAGAGAGAAAGAGAGAGAAGAGCAGGAAAAUGAAGAGGAAGAAAGAGGAGAAAAAGAAGACCAGGAGGAGAAAAGAGGGGUUCAGUCCACGACACAACCAUGUUGAAAUAACCUAUAUUUUCAUAACUCUUUCACGUACAAUUUUUAUUUUGGAUCAAACGGAAGGGGGGUAAAGUCGAAAAUGUGUGGGCAGGGGUUAGGGGCAUUAGGGCAUCAAGAGAAGUGUUUUUACUUUUAUUUUUUGGAGCUUGUAAAUAUGUUUGUGCUACAUGGGAGUCUCAUUGUUGGUCUAAAUUAAAUGCAGAGUUUUCUUUAUUUUAUUUCUUUCUUUUACAUCACCCGGCUUUUUGUAGUAAAAAAAACCCGAACAGUUCCUCACUCCAGUUGUACGGUUCUUAUCUGUGGGUGGUCCAGUUCAGCCUGUCUAAUAGGAGACGCUUGUUUAGUCUCUGACCUCAUGACUGAGCCUCAAUAUGACCAACUCUAGUCUAAUUAAUUUGUAUAGUACAAGUUAUAACAAUAUGGCUGUUUGAAGUAGCUGUAUCUCCAUAUCUUCUCCGCACACAGAGUCUUGAAGGAAUAGAAAAAUAUUUUUAAAUGCUUGGUAGGGCUAACGUAAUUUUAAACACAACUUCAACAGAAGAUAAAGAGACAGCUACUCCAUUCUACUUCAUGCACCCCUUCUCUCCCUGGUACUUAAUGGUUAUGGAUGGUCUCUUACAGUGCUUAUAAAAGUAUUGCCCCCUCAGAACUUUUUAUGCGUCACUGUUUUACAACGCUGAAUCACAGUGGAUGUAAUCAACAGAAAAUUCUGUCAAAGUGAAUGAGCCCUUCUGGCCAUCAUUCUAAAUUCCGUGUUCAGUUUAAGCCUAAAACUACACCACCAAAACACAUCAACCCCAUCAUGAAGCCUGCUGGUGGCAGCAGCAUGCUGUGUGGAGGCUUCUUUGUAGCGGGCCCUGGGCGACUUGUGACGGUAGAAGUUAUAAUUGAUGCAGCAAAGUACAGAGCAAUAUUGGUAAAAAAAAAAAUACAACUUUAGAUGUAUAUUUUACAGCAAGACAACCUCAAACAAAGCCAAAUCUACAAAGGAAAGUGACCGUGAAAGAUGUAGUGUCCAGAUGUGUAAAGGUAUUACAGUCCUAUUUAAGUAGGCCUAAGGCUGUAACUGUUCACAAAGGUGCCUCUAUUAAGUAUUGUCUUAAAGGACAUCAAUGCUUAUGCAAUCAGGAAUUUUUGGAAUUUUGUACCCAAAGAAAUCUGAACGUCUUAUUUUUCUGUUCAGUGUCUAAAAUGCUGAUUACCUCCACUACUGUAAAACAUUAAAAGUCAAAGGGGGCUGGAUACCUUUUUAAAGGCACAGUGUUUGCAUGACACCUCUGAGUUGUGUUCCAGGGAUUCAAAUAGAGGGGGAAAAAAAGGUUCUGCAAUGAUGUACUUUAAAAUGGUUAUGAAUUUAUGAAAUGGCUGUUGUUUUUGCCGUUACCUGUUGUCAAGUGUGUCAUCAUGCUGGGGGAGUCCUUCCCAGUGUUUUAAGAAGCAGCGAGUCAAGAGGGGGAAAAUCCAUGUGAUGAACAGUGGAAGUUUACAGUCUGCCACUUUAUACAAGUUCUCUUAACACUGGUUUUGUCUCUUUAUAUGAGCUUUUGGUACAAGUCUACAUCCCUGAGAUCCCCUGAGUGUGAAUGCAUCCAAAAGCGGAAGCCAGAUUGAGUGUGGGGACCCAUCGCUAAGUUUGUACUGUGCAUCCUGCCCUUCCAUUUAGGCCAACAGAUACCUGCAUAGUGACAUAUCAGCCCACAUACAGGAGGUCAACAGGGGGGAGUGUGAUGCCAUUUCUAAACCAGUCAUCUCAGAGGAGAAGAG